AUGUCUGGAAAGUCCUAUUCCUCAGUUGUGGCUCACAUUGAGAGGCUGACAAAAGAGGGACUUAUUGAUGAGAAUGAGGAGAUGAGGAAUGCAGAUGAUGUUGGAAGCAAGAAGUCGAGAAUAGUGGUAGAAGUAGUGAUGGAGAAGAAAAGAUAUGAGAUCAGACAGAAGGAUGUCGAGUCAGAGGAGAAUAUAGUUGUGGAAGAAGAACAGCAGGAGGUUGAAGAGAUGGUGAAAGGGAGGAAAAGAAGGAUUCAUAAUGCUUUAUCAAAUGAUUUUGGAAUCAUCCAAUAUAGCAACAGGCUGUUUUGCUACCCUCAGGCUAUUGUUAAGAAAAUCUAG